AUGGACUCCAUGAGAUCUUUGAACACAUCUUUACCGAGCUCGACGCCUCGCCCGCAGCCUCCCGAACAGCUCCUACAAUCAUUCAAAGCUGCUGCUCUAUCCGUCACCAACCUUUACAAGAAUGCUGUACUCGAACAAGCGCAGGCGAGACAAGCGGGUUAUCAAGAAGCGAUUGAAGAUCUUCUUCAUUUUCUAGACAGAGAAAACCUUGGUCUUGGUGAUGGGGAAGGGUGGAGAGUACGACAGUGGGCCACUGAGCGAAGUGACGGACAAGGUACACCUAGUGACGAUGACGAGCGUGGAGAUCUCGAGAAGACCAGAAAUACUUCGCAGGCCACAGUCCGUAAGGAGCAGCCAGAUUCAGAAGCUGUCCGGCAGUCAACGAAGUCGGAGUCGCCUCAGAAACCUGGAUUGUCUCAGCGGGACGAGCCUGCGGCCCCGGAGCAGCAGCCACCAGCGCUUUCUACCCCCACAGCCAACGAUAUCAACGGCUUGGAUAGGCAUACUGUUUUCACAUUCACGGCAGGACCAUCUUUCCCUCAAUACCAGGAACACGACGUCGACAUGCAAGCCCCGGAUAGCUCUACAGCAUCGUCUCAGGAUAGUUCCCCCGUCAGCGUCUCCGUCUUGCCCCGAAACUCCCGACAGCAGAACCGCCAAAGCAACCUAUCGCGACCGAAUCCUCGAAACUCUCCCCGCGACUCAUCUGUUGGAAUAGGCUCGAAGCGGAAGCUCACGUUUCCCGACUUUUUUGACCUGUCCGGCAUGGGAAACAACAAAGACAUGUUUGGAGGCGGCAAACGCGGCCGCUUCGCCUAG